AUGUUAGCGCGAAAAAAAGACGAAUUUUGCACUACAAAUGUGCGACCCACGACUAUCAUAGUGGAGGUAAAGGUCCGUCAUUCCGUCCCAUCGAAGAGUCUGCUCAUGAGCAAUGUGAUUGUCUGUGCAGCAAGGCCUCCGGUGAAUGGAGAAGUGUCUCGUUUGCGAACCGUCAGCAGCAUCCCUGCUCUCUUCGCACUCGAGCGACACACGCACGCAGGUAGAUUGUUGAAGCAAGUGUCUUCAACACUCGCACUCGAGCGACAAAAUCGCCUCCAGUCCGACCGACAAACAGACGGUGUCGCAAUGCGCGGACUUGUGCGCGCAGUCGCAGGAGCAGUGUGUCGCCUUUUCGUAUUCGUCGAACACACAGGAGUGCAGCUUGCACAGCGAAGAAAACCUGGACGGCGCCCCGGGUGCGGAAGUAGAUCCGACGAAGAUCUUGUGCAAAAUGUUGACUAUCGAAUCGGGAGGGGGGGGCGACGGCUAUGUGGACGACGGGUCGGGGGACGAUGGCUCCGGGAACGACGGCGAGACGAUGGGUCGGGCACCUCCGGUACGGCCCAUCAGCGUCACCCCUACUACGACUCAAAAAAAAUGCUUUCGCGAUACUUUUGUCCAGGUAAUACAGAGAGACUCUAGAAGGGGGCAAAAAUUACGUACUCACUAGUGAUACAUAGUGUGCAGGAGCUGUGCAGGAGAAUACUCCUGUGAACAAGUUACCCGAUGCAAGUUCGGCACCUUUUGCAUGCCAAAGUGAGGAGGGUACUAUUUGAGUAUGCGUCAUGACACGAAUGACAAAUGUAGAGCGCUGCAUGAAAUUAUCCCUUGAUACUCCUCACGUACCCCGACCUUCCAGAAGCGCGGUGCUGCUAAUGGCGGUAACCA